CUGCGCGCGCGUGUGCAUGAGGGUCCGCGCGCGGGUCACGGUUUCCCCGAGCACGAGGAUGGGCUGCAAUCUGUGCAGUUUACAGAAGAAAGAGGAGAACUACACACUACUGUACGAGAUCUCACAGGUGAACGGGAGGGAUCUGUCGAGAGCGAGCCAUGACGAGGCGGUCGAAGCUUUCCGAAGCGCCAAAGAUCCCCUCGUGGUGCAGGUGCUCCGGCGGACCCCUCUGCCCCGGGGUCAGGGGUCAUGCCAGGACCUCCAGCUGGUGGACGUGUGCACGCAGACGGAAAUCACCUUCGAGCACAUCAUGGCUCUGGCCAAACUCCGUCCUGCAACCCCACCCGUGCCGGACAUCUGCCCGUUCCUCCUGUCGGACAGUUGUCACUCUCUGCACACGAUGGAUCAGGAAUACCUGGAGGGAAGCGAGUACAUGGAGGCGGACGUCGAGAGGACGGAUGAGUUCGAGUACGAGGAGGUUGAACUGUGUCGGAUGAGCCGUCGAGAGAAGCUCGGACUCACACUGUGUUACAGGACAGACGAGGAGGAGGACAUCGACAUCUAUGUCAGCGAGAUCGAGCCGAACAGCAUCGCGGCCCGAGACGGUCGGAUCCGAGAAGGAGACCGUAUUCUACAGAUCAAUGGGCGGGACGUUCAGGACAGAGAGGAAGCUGUGGCCGUUCUCACUAAUGAAGAAAGCAGGAAUAUCGUUCUGCUGGUCGCCAGGCCGGAAAUGCAGGAGGAGCCGUGGCUGGACGACGAGCACAGCGAGUUCCUCGAGGAGCUGAAGAUGGAGAUGCUGGAGGAGCAGAGGAGAGAAGAGGAGGAGGAGAGGAACCCAGCCGAGGCCAGAGGAGCUUCAGAAGAAAACAUCACAGCGUCCUGCUCUUACAACCAGCAGAAGAUCAGUCCUGCCGACGGUCCGGAGAAGAAGGUGCUCGCUCAGAUCCAGAAGAGACUGUCGCGGUGUCUGCGGGAGGAGAAGGAGCUUCCCGAAGGAGACCGAUAUCAGCAGCUGCUGGAGCUCAAGUGUCAGAUCCGCAACAGCGGCGAGUUCGACCUCUUCUACUCGCGCAGCAGCACCAUCGAGUGUAGCGGCGUCCAGCGCGAGCUCCGCAUGCUCAACGAGGAGCUGCGCAGCAUCGAGAUCGAGUGCCAGAACAUCAUGCGGGCGCAUCACCGCAAAGAACCGGGGACGAAGCUCGCGGACAUCAGCGAGCACCCGGAGAAGUCGGACAAAGACAGUUCGAGCGCGUACAACACGGCGGAGAGCUCGCGUAGCACGCCGCUAGCGAUGGACCGCUCGCCCGACCACAGGAUAGUCAGCCUCACUAAUCAUAGGAACCUCCGUGGAUCAUCCGUCAGUCCCGAUCACAGCAACCCGUCGGAGUCUCCCGCGGAAGACGAGCGAUCUUUGAGGACUCGAAUUGCCGCUUUAUCAAGAGCGUCAGAUGCGCGACACUACCAGAGCUACAUGGAGUUAGCACACGGUCUGCUAGGCAUGAGCGAUCCGCAAGUCGUCCAGCCGUCCGAACCCAAAAUGGAGUGGAAAGUGAAAGUCAGGAGCGACGGAACUAGAUACAUCACCAAACGUCCAGUCCGAGAUCGUCUACUCCGGGAGCGAGCCCUUAAAAUCAAGGAGGAGCGCAGCGGCGGGAUGACGACCGAUGACGACGCCAUGAGCGAGAUGAAGAUGGGCCGCUACUGGAGCAAAGAGGAGCGUAAGCAGCAUCUGCUACGGGCUAAAGAGCAGCGGCGGCGGAGGGAGUUCAUGCAGCGGAGCCGGCUGGACAGUCCACUCGGCGCCGGGGAGGUGAGCAUCAUCCAGCUCAGCCAGCGCAAGAUGAUGAAGAAGCGGAACAAGAAAAUUCUGGACAACUGGAUGACCAUUCAGGAGUUGAUGACGCACGGGGAGAAAGCGGCGGAAGGAUCCAAAGUGCAUAACGCCUUCCUGUCCGUUACAACUGUAUAGAUCCUCAGACUUUACCCAUGUGGUACGAUCUACAUUUGCCUCGUUCAAUGUGGCAAUUUUUAUGAGAAGAGACCAGAUGAAUAUUUUUCACACUUUGUUAAUGUUUUCUAAGCAGUUAAACAAGUUUCAUUGCAUUUUUUUGUUACUGUAAUAUUUGAAGGAAGGUACCUAAGGGAAUAUUUCACUCAAAGAUUGUUGUCAUAAGUCACAUAUUCAACACAAACCUGUAUGCCUUUCUAGUUGGAUGGGUGGAAAAAACAUGAUAUUGGAGGAAAAUAUAUUUCAUUUUUUUGUUUUUGCUCACAAUAGUUUGAGAAACUUUUCAAAAUUUCAUUCACAUAUUUUUUUUUACAUUUUUAAUUUAAACUUUGCGUUAGCCUGUUUGCUCACUGAAGUUUUGCUUCCGUCCAUUUUUUUGGAACAUUUUGAACAUGAAAAUGUAAAGAUAUUCGACCCAUUACCUUACUUAAGUUUUGCUUUCGUCCACUUGUCAAAUUGUCAAUUUUUUUUAACAGUGCAUUCAUUUGCUUACAAAAGUUUUGCUUUAGUCUAU